AUGGAGAACGUAAGUCCCCCUUGGAAACCAGCAACCCACAUACUGCUGCUACUUCUCUUGGGAGGCUCCUAUGUUAAUUGUGAAGAGUGGUGCUAUGACAAACCCAGCUGUGGGCCCAAUACGUGGUCUUCCCUCGGUCAGUGCAAUGGUGCCAAACAAUCUCCCAUCAACAUUGAAACCAAGAAGGCCAUGCCUGGUACCCAUUUGGGACCUAUUGAUUUCAUUGGAUACGAAGACCGUAUGCGUCCGCAAGCUCUGGUCAACACGGGGCACUAUGCUGAAAUUGAAAUGAGGAGUGGAGCCGCCAUCUUUGGAAGGGGGCUUCCAGCAACGUAUUACCUGAAGUCGUUCCACUUCCACUGGGACAAAAACAACUCCCCGGGAUCAGAGCAUGCGGUCAACAGCAAACGCUAUGACAUUGAGCUACACAUCGUUCACACCAAAAACAACAUGAGUGCUGAAGAAGCAAGAAAAGACCCUGAAGGAUUUGCUGUCUUGGCAUUCUUCUUAAAGAAAGACAAUUAUGCUCCCAAAAUGAAUGCAUGGAAGACUCUGUCUGGCUUCCUGGAAUCAAUCCCAGAAAAGGGGAAUUCUCUCCCUCUGCGUGGAGAUUUCUCAUUGGGAGGGUUACUGAAAACAGUCGAUGUAAGCAACUAUUACCGCUACCACGGCUCCCUCACCACUCCCCCCUGCAGCGAGUCAGUGAUCUGGACCGUCUUCCCUGACCCCAUUGAGGUGACCCCUAAAGUGGUGAAAUGGUUUACUCAGUCACUCUAUUUUACCACCAGAAAGGAAGGCAGGAAGAUGCAGAAAAAUUUCCGUCCGGUGCAGCCGCUCAAAAACCGAAAAGUCUUUUACUUCAAGGAAUCGAAAUACCCUCGUGAUCAGACCUCUGUCUGA